CCCUCCGACAGGUCCCUCAAGGAGCUGGGUUCCAACGUCCUGCGCAUGGACAAGCUGCUGAGCAAGGUGUGCUCGCAGCAGGAGCCGCUGAUCAACUGGUACGUCGUGAGGAACGAGGAUAGGAAGAGUAGAGGUUCUGUCCGCCUCAAGUUCAGCUACACGGAGGCUGUGAAGGAGAAGAGUCUGAGCCAGUACACGGUGUUCCCGGCGAUGCUGUUCGGGGUCCGCAACGAGAAAGGAUACUUCUUCACGCCAAGGCACAGCAUCAGGAUGUUCGGGAAAGUGCUGUGGAACAGCACGUGCAGCUACUGCAAGAGGAAGAGGAAAGAGCACAUGCCCGAUGGCAGAUGCGAAGACUACUCCAUUCUCGACGGAGUUCAGAUUCUCUCCAUGGCAGCGUCCACAGACGGUCUGCUCGUGGCGUGGGGGACAGAGCUGGGCUACGUGACCUUGACAGCGGUUGACUCGGGGGACCGACUAGCCACAUGGAGGGCGCACAGCGGACCGGUUGUUGACCUGUGCUUCUCCAUGGACAACAAGUUUCUGUGCUCCUGUGGGAGGGACUUGCAGCCAUCGGCGCCGCUUGCCGGCGACAAGAACUACUCUCCGGAGGAACUGGAAGCGCUUCCCAGGAGGAACUCGGUGAUCCGGUGGGACCUGGAGGGCUGGAUCAAGACCAGGAUGCGGAAGAGAUGAUAGUGUGAAGGAUGUAAUCAAAGUCGAACUUUUC